AUGGGCAAGUGGAUUCAGCCCUGUCAAAAGGACAGCGGGCGGGGCAGCCCGGCGGCCUGGGGAGCAGAGGACCCCACGACCCUGCUGCCCCCCUGCGGGGCGCCUCUACUGGAGCGCAGGGCCCGGCGCCGCCAGGGGCCGCCGCCGCCACUGCGAAUCGUCCAGACGCCAGCGCCCCCCGCCCCCGCCCCCGUCCCCCGGGCGAGCCGCGAGCGCUCGGGGCGGGAGGCGCAGAGGAGGAGCCAGGACCGCGCCGGGGAGGGGGGCGCCGGCGGCCGCGGAGCAGGAGGGUCCGGCGGGGAGAGCGAGGCGCUGCCGGGCGGGCGGGGGUGCGGGGCCGCUGGGGACCCAGGGCGCCCCCGGGCGGCGGCAGGCGGCGCGCCCCUCGCCAGGCCGGGAUCGGGGCGGGGCGCGCGGCAUCCCCGCGGGGGGAGCGGCUCGCCCGGCCUCGGCGCCGCCAAAGUUUCCCGGAGGAGCCGCAGCCGCCCUUCCUUCCCAGGCCCCGGGCGCGGGGCGACCCUCGGGCGAGGACUGUUUCCGAGGGCGGCGGGGCCCCCUCUCCAGCCAGACCCCGCGCCUCCAUUGCGCCCAACUCGGAUUCCCAAGUUCUUGGGAGGCGCCGCGGGCCUGCGCACGCGCGCCUUCCUCGGCUCCCCCUCCUCCUCCUCCUCCUCCCCCACUUGGGAGCAGGCUCGGGGCCGAGCCGGGCGCCGAGACCCGGGCCCGCGUGCCGCCCGCCGCCGCCGCCGCCGCCUCCGCCCCCCGCGGCCGGCGGCGCGCAAGGUGGGCCCGGCCCGGCGCUGCCCUCGACAGCGGCAAGUUUGGGAGUUGCACUAG